GCGCGGAUUUGCCGCGUUUCGGGAGCGGAUAUCGCAGCGCUCUCGGCUCCACAGACCGAUUCGAGGUGUCUGUUACAUCCGUUUGCACUGCGCAGUCUAGCUUCCGUGCAAAAAUCCAGCAUAGGAGCCUCCAAAUCCGCCGUACAAGCAGCUCUCUGGCGCCGAAGGAUCACGAACGUGCUCGUCACACGCCGUCGAGCAAUCACAAUGCGUCUCUACAUACUGCUGUCCGUCGUCUUGACGAGCGCCGGCUUCCAAACAAAACCGAGCACGGCGCGGCGGCGGACCCACCGGCGGCGGACCCACCUCAAAGCAGAAACCGAGUUAUCCCCAUACGAGGUCCUGGGCGUGCGCACGUCGGCCAAACCCGACGAGAUCCGCAAGGCCUUCCGGGAGAAGGCCAAAUCAUUACAUCCGGAUGUGGUUCUGGCGAAGAGCGGGACGCCCGACACAAAAGCAGGAGACGCCGCGGCGAAGGCAGCCAAUGAAAUCCGGAAGUUCUUGGAUGAGUUGGACGCCGAAUCUACAAGGGAGGACCUGGAGAAGGACCUCUGUGCGGCCGCGGCGACACUCGCUACUCUAGGAGACGAUCGCAGGGCGGAACUCGAAGCGCGCGAAGCGCGGCGAAACGCCGCGACGAAGGCGUGGCAGACGAUCGUCGACGCCCAUGACGUGCUGUCCAAUGAAAAGUCGCGGUCCGACGUCGACCGGAAGGCGUCCGCGGAGGCCGUGGGCAACGCUUUAGGUACUCUUGGAGGCGUCGCCUUCAUCGGGCUGCAAAACGUGGGGAAGCUGGCGGGCUCGGCAUUGGGGAAGGCCGUCGAGGCCGGCACCUCCGCUGUUUCCGAGGCGAGUAAGGACGAUAGCUAG